UAUCAUUAUAGUAUCAUUAUAGUAUCAUUAUUAUUUUGGUACGCGUAUACUGAAAAAAUUUCGGAGCCCUGACAUUUGCUUGUCCGAACUAGUUUAAUAAGAAUCUACAAUAACUCUACAACUACCAGUAUAUUAUGGGUGUUAAAGGUCUUAAUCAGCUCAUUAAAGAGCAUUCACCUCAUGCAUUUAAGGAAUUCCAAUUAAAGAAUCUAUUUGGUAGAAAAGUUGCCAUUGAUGCUUCUAUGUGUUUAUAUCAAUUCUUAAUUGCAGUUAGACAAUCAGAUGGUCAACAAUUAGUUAAUGAAGAUGGAGAAACUACAUCCCAUUUAUCAGGAAUGUUUUAUCGUACAAUUAGAUUAAUUGAAAAUAAUAUUAAACCAGUAUAUGUAUUUGAUGGUAAACCACCAGUUUUAAAAGGUGGAGAAUUAGAAAAGAGACUUUUAAAACGUGAAGCAGCUCAAAAACAAUUAGAUUUACUUAAAGAUGAAGGUACAGCAGCUGAUGUAUUAAAACAUGAAAAAAGAUUAGUAAGAGCAUCAAGAGAACAUAAUGAUGAAGCAAAAAAAUUAUUAACAUUAAUGGGUAUACCUUAUGUUGAAGCACCAUGUGAAGCUGAAGCUCAAUGUGCAGAAUUAGCAAGAGGUGGUAAAGUAUUUGCUGCAGCCUCGGAAGAUAUGGAUACUUUAUGUUAUGAACCACCAUAUUUAUUAAGACAUUUAACAUUUGCUGAAGCAAGAAAAAUGCCAAUUGAUCAAAUUACUUAUACUGAAGCAAUGGAAGGUUUAGAUUUAACUAAAGAACAAUUCAUUGAUUUAUGUAUUUUAUUAGGUUGUGAUUAUUGUGAAACUAUUAAAGGAGUUGGACCAGUUACUGCUUAUAAAUUAAUUAAACAACAUGGUUCAAUUGAUAAAAUUGUAGAAUUUAUUGAAGAAAAUCCUGAUAAAACAAAAUUUAAAGUACCUGAAAAUUGGCCAUAUAAGGAAGCAAGACAAUUGUUUUUAAAUCCAGAAGUUACUAAAGCAAGUGAUGUAUCAUUUAAAUGGAAAGAACCAGAUGUUGAUGGAUUAAUAGAAUUUAUGGUUAAACAAAAGGGAUUUAGUGAAGAUAGAAUUAGAUCAGGAGCUGGAAAAUUAAAGAAAGGUUUGAAAUCUGGAGUUCAAGGUAGAUUAGAUGGUUUCUUCUCAGUAGUUAAAUCACCACAAUCCAAUGAUAAAAAGAGAAAGGAUAAUUCAAAAGAUACCAAAUCUAAUAAAAAAUCAAAGAAGAGAUGAGUUAUGUAUGUACAAUAUUAUUAUUAUUAUUAUUAUUAUUAUUAUUAUUAUUAUU